AUGCAUUAUCACGAGAAAGAAAGCAAUAAUACAAACGUUCAAAGAAGUUUUAUAUCAUUCCGACCAGAAGAAAGAAGAUACUUACCACUUACCACAACCACAAAUAGACCAGAGAACAAGCAUGCACCAAAGACAGUAAACCAGGAAAGACCGGAUUCGCAACAGCAGCAGCAAUACCAGCACCAUCGAAAAACCAGAGAACAAACGACACCAGAGACUAGACAAGGACCAGACAAGGACCAGAGAAACAUCAGACAAAGACCAAACAAAGACCAAACAAAGACCAGACAAAGAUCAGACAAAGACCAGAGAAAGGCCAAACAAAGACCAGACAAAGACCAGACAAAGACCAAACAAAGAUCAGAUGAAGACCAAACAAAGAUCAGACAAAGACCAGACAAAGACCAAACAAAGAUCAGACAAAGACCAAACAAAAAUCAGACAAAGACCAGAAAAAGAUCAAAAGACCAGACAAAGACUAGACAAAGACCAGACAAAGACCAGAUGAAGACCAAACAAAGAUCAGACAAAGACCAGACAAAGACCAAACAAAGAUCAGACAAAGACCAAACAAAAAUCAGACAAAGACCAGAAAAAGAUCAGACAAAGACCAGACAAAGACUAGACAAAGACCAGACAAAGACCAGAUGA